UAUACGUCUUGAGCUAAUGCCAUAAACUGAAAUAGGGUUAAAUUAAAUCUCUGAUUGAUAAAUUGGUAUUAAAAGAAAAGUAGCUUUGGAACAUAAAAAAUAGGAUUUUGCUGAUGCUCUUAGACUCCAAGAGCAUCAGCAAAAUUUUCUAAGUUGCUCUAAGUCUUAGAGCAACAGAAAACAGUAAUAGAUGCUGUACAGUCCCUUUUUGUGUAAGCGAGUUCAUUACCAUUUGCGGUUAGUAUACAAAUAAAAUAAACACAUCAGGACAUUCAUAGAAUUUGCAUGCAGCAACAGUCACACAACCCAAAGACCGCAGAACAUCGACCACUCAUGCAGACAUCACACCCACUCACCAAUCCAAAGACAAAACAAAAAGCACCUGGUCGUUUGGGGAAGGAUUUGUAGGUGGAGUGCAGGAUGCAAAGGGAGGUGCUGAAGGAGAGAAUUAGGAGACACAGACUGCCUUUGAAAGCACAUUUAAACUGGUUUUGUCCUUCACUCAGACUACAACAAUAACACACACUAACAUUUGGACAAUGGCUUCCACUACUUCAAGUGAUGUUCUACCAAAGGGAGGAAAGAUCUUCACCACCUUUCCCGACAUCCUCUUCCUCCCAGAGUUUGUGUUUGGGGGCUUGGUGUGGAUCUUGGUUGCGUCUACUCAAGUAUUUGCACCGAACCCCUUGGGCUGGGUGAUGUUUGUGUCCGUCUUCUGCUUUGUUGGGACGACACUUUGGUUCUUCAUCUUCGUCUGUGGAGGCAAUCAGAGCAGCUUUUGGCCAGCUGUGGACGUGGCCUUCCAUUUUUUGUCAGCAGUUUUUUACCUGAGUGCAUCAGUUAUUCUGGCCUUCAUGACCCUUUCAAUGUCCAAAAAUAUAACUGAUGGCAAUUUGAAAACCUACAGGCUGAGCAUUUCUGCAGUGGUUAUGUCCUACGUGGCCACUCUUCUUUACUUCCUCCAUGCCAUUUUUUCUGCCAUUCGAUGGAAGAGAUCCUAAAAAGAAAACAACUAAGGUGGAAAAAAAGAAAAAAAAAGUCUAAAACCAGAUGCCCACUGUUUCAUAAACUGACAUAAAUAACAUUUGUCUUUUUACUACCUCCUUUCUUUCUUUUUCAAAUUUUGACAUAACCAUAAAAAUGUGCCAUAGCUGCAAAUCUUAACUUCAUGAUUCUUUAAUGUACAUAUGAUAGAGUGGUACAAAUUUAGUAGAAACACUUAUUGUGAUUAAAGCAAUAAAGUGCA